AUGGGCGGCAACUAUGGUCCUGACCCUGCCUUGUGCAAACACUACGCCGAGUUUGCGUCGCACAUGGUCAUGUGGCAGUUCCAGGUCAUCUACUGGGUUCUCUUCGUGCUGAACCUGGCUGUGCUAUUCUUCUCAUCAUGGAUCUACACCAAGGGCCAACGAGCGCUGGAAAACUACGGUCCGCAGACGAAGCAAAGGGCAAAAACCAUACGGACGUACAUCUUCAUCUGUUUCUCGUGUGCCUGCAUUUCGGUAGUUCUCGUCGUAAUGGAGGCGUUUGCUCUGUUGGCGGUGCAGUUCUGCGACGGUGAACCUCUGAUGCCGCUGUUUUGGUCGACAUGGGCCAUGGUGCAGGUGGGCUCUCUGAUAGCCAUUGUUGGCACCAUCCUCGCCCUGCUGCACUCCUUCAGGGACAGCAAACACCCGCCGUGGGCGCUCGCCUUGGGCACGCCUGUCCUCGUCAUCGCCGGCUUCCUGCACCUCUUCCACGACUGCACCAAGAAGCGAAUCAAGAAUGCGAGGCACCGCCGAAAGCUGGAGAGCAUUGACUUUGGACGGCCCAUCAGCCAAGCAAACACCAUACAAGGAUCUCAGAGCGAAGAUAGCAACGAGGACGAGGAAGCGCAGGUCGAGGCCGAACUCAUCGGAUUCACGGUGGCGGGAGGACCCAUCGUGCGCUUCGUCAGCCCGCUGCGCGGGACGGCGCCCGAGAAGGGCACCAUCAUCGGCCACGGAUCCCGCCACCGACCCAUCAUCGCCUUCGAAAAGGGCACGGUGGAGUUUGUGUCCUCCAAAGAGGUGACGGAAGAGGCCAUCAGCCGAAGCUGA